GCGCAUCUAGAACAUCACCGGAAGCCACGUCGUUUCCCUUCAACUUGGAGUUCCGCGGUCGCCUUGACGACGGCGGACGCUGUAGCUGCUCUGAAGUGUGCCAGCCUAAGCCUGCGGAGGGGGACGCUGGAGCGCAGAGCAUGAGGAACUGGUGUCUGUGCCAGAUUUGCACCUGCGGCUCUAUCAGAACUUUUAUAUGUACGUGACCUAUGCACUCUGCUCCUGGAUUUUCCAAGUAUCUUGGACCCUGCAUAGGACAAAAUCACUUCAGCACUUUCCAGCACCUCCUUUGCAGCAGACAUUGCUGAGUCUCAUGAGUCUUCUGACUUUAGAGUUUCCUAGACAUGGAGGACUAGAGGAGCUGUCUAACCAGGAUGCUUCACAACAACUCCCAGCUCCACUCUCUCUUGGCCUCUACUGUAUUCUGUGUCCCACAAAAAAUAAAUAAUAAAAAUGGACUCUGCUCUGCCUUCUUCCUUUUGUACCUAUCCUAUGAUUCAAAGUAACAUGUUGCUAUCUGUUGUAGGUGAAACCUAAGCAGAAAACCUGUUUGCCAUGCAUCUGGGAAGCUCACUUUCUAGCUUUCCUGCUUCAGUAGCAUAAGAAGUAGCUAAACUCUUAUGAGCCAACUCAGUUUGCUAUGCAAGGCUUCACUAUGAUUUAUCGUUUUUAUAAACACCAGUGCAGAGGGGGAAAGCUGCGCUACGGUUCAGAAGGUGUGUUAAAGUCACUGGGGACCUGUUAAACAUGCAAUGACCACACAAGAUGUUUUAAAGGGAAAUAAUGUUUCAGCUUAUUUGUUUGUACAGACGGCAUCGCUGUCCACAUGGAACCACAAGGGUUUAUGAAUAUUCUGACGUAUCUUGCCCCACGACGGAGUAUUUGGAAAAAUAUCCAAAAUAUGGCGGUGUUCUUCCACCUCAGAGCCUUAAGCCAAAGCAAGGAUUUCAAGCAUACCGUGGUAAAAUGGAAGGAAUAACCACAUUUAAGUCAGAUUAUCGCCCUUAUGAAAUAGUCAAGCAGCCUCGCCACAUACCUGAAGAAUAUAAACCCAAACAGGGGAAAAUUGAUCUUGGUACUACCUACAAGCGAGAUUUUAAUCCUUACAAAGUACAGCCUUUGAUAAAAGUCCGGCCUGUGGAAAGACAACAAGUUAAAAAAGGAAAGUUGGACACUGUCCCAACUUAUAAAGAUGAUUAUAGAUCUUGGGAUAUUCAGAAAUGUGAACUGUGUAAACCAGAGCAAGCUUACCAUCCCCCAGAUGUGAAAUUCGGAAACUCAACUACAUUUCAGGAUGACUAUGUUCCCCAGGAGAUAAAGCCUAGGCAAAGCUUUAAGCCCUGCUCUGUGGUCAAGUGUUCUGUAGGCCCUUUUAAUGGUGAUACAAGUCAUCGUCGAGAUUAUGUACCUCAUCAGCUAGAAGUCAAGUUUGCAAGGCCAAAAGAAAUUUAUAAGCCUACUGACCAGCCUUUUGAGGAUCUCACCACUCACCGGAAUGACUUUCAGGGUCUUGCUGGUGAAACUGCAAAAAUCUGCAGACCUGCCUAUACCAGAGUGACCCAAAACAUUCAGUUUAAAGGAAGUACUGAAUUCCGUGACAGUUUCCAACCAUGGGAAAUCCCACCACCCAAAGUCAAGAAAGUGGCAGAGUAUGUACCUCCUUCAGGAAGCAUGCAGUUAAACAGCACCAGCCACCUCGACUAUGUUCCCUAUCAGGCCAGCCGCGUAGUUGCCAUUAGACCAGUUUCUCACAGAAGGCAAAGCAAUUUUCCUUUCCAAGGAAAAAGCACCACGAAGGAAGAUUUUCCAGCAUGGGAAAUUUGUCGCCAAGGACUUAUUAAGCAGCAGCAACAAAUUCCCAACCCAUCUGGAAAAUUUGAGGGUUUGAGCACUUUCAGAUCUCACUUUGUGCCACAUGAAUUGAUUCCAACAGAGAGCUGCAAACCUUUAAAUGAAGCUCUUAAGAGUUCAGUUCCACUUGAUGAUGUCACCAUGUAUUCUAUACAGUUCACACCGAAGAAACAGGAAAUCUGCCCAGCUAGCUAUCCUUCUCCUCCUGGUUAUAUAUUUGAAAAUACAAAUUCCCAAGGACAUAAAUUCUUUCGCAAGAUUAUUCCUGCAGUGAAGGCCUUUUAGUAAUCAAUGUUUAAAAGAAAGCUAAUGAGAUUUUGAUUUUUAAAGAGAAACCCCAACUUUUAUAGUAAAAAUAUGAGAGCUAUACAAUUUUUAGCUUUUUGAACAAGUUGGAACAUAAAGAUCAGAAUUGAUAAAUCCAUAUAUUUUGAACCAAGAUCAUCCUGUUUAGCACAGGCUACCCUGGAACUUGCAGUCCUCCUGUGUCAGUCUUCUGAUCCAAGAUUAUUCUUUAACAGGCAUAUCUGAAGGCUAAAUGAUAGGUACGCCCAUUUAUACAUGCUGACUCUUAGUUUGUUGUCACCUCAUUUUACACUUAUGCAAUUAUACAGCUCCUCUCAUCAUCAUUUAUCAAGUAUAUUGGGACUAUCUAGAAAAAAAUUGAAGAUAAGCUAUAAAUUACACUUUUCAAAAAAUCCAGGUUUAACUCAUUGAUUGAUUGAUUGAUUCAUUCAUUCAUUCAUCUUCAGUACAUCUACAGAGAAUAGGACAAGUCAAGUUUUGGUUGGUGAUGUCAGAGACUACUGCUCUGUUUCUUGCCCUGUUCAAAAUAGCAAGAGACAUUGUGGCUUGAAGAGGAAAUGUCCUAUAGGAUGGGACUCAGAGGACCAGAGUUCAAGUACUGAUAUCUUCGGUUUAUAUUUGAGCCACUGUAAGCAACCUCUUGCAUACACACGCCUGUGGUUCAUCUGUUAAAGAAUAUUGAUUCUGCCUACCUCACAAAAGUUUGUUGGGAGUAUCAAAUUCUAUAAUACAUUUAAAUGCAUAAAGUAAAAAUGUAAGGGGCUAUUAAACACUCGGAUAACUUUUUGAACUUUUUCAUUUUCAAAUAAGGAUAGUUACAAACUUAAUACUCAUUACUUGGUCUCCAUACAGCAAGGACUAUAAAAUAACCUAAUUUGCUUUGACUAAAGUCAUAAAUGAGUAAUGUGUGUUUGUAAGAGGCAUCUGCCCACUAUAGCUUCAUAAACACCCUAUAAGUUAUAGCAGAAAAUAGAGAACCUAGAUUAAAUACUCGGAUGUAAAUGGCUGUAUUUUCAAAAGGAAAAAUAUUUGCUUAAAAAGUUGUAGGGAAGACUUCCAGUUCUGACAAAAUUUUCAGGAUAAACCUAGGUAUGUGUUCAUUCAGUGGCCACAUCCAGAAACAUUGUUCAUUUAUGAGGGCUAUAACUACCUUGUUCAUUACUGAAAGUAUAAAGUGCAAAGAAGGACGGGGAAGAGAUACCAGUAAAGGACCUAGAAAUAGCAUACUAUACUUACAAAUGUUGAAUGCUUCAAGUGAGUGUUUUAAUAAAUGAUCAUGUAUGGAAAAUAAGAUUGACUUCAAUUUAAAAUGAAUUGUAAUGUUUCACAGUUUAAGAAUAUUACUAAGAGUGAAUUAAAAACAUGUAAUAACUAAUUUUAAUUAAUUGAAAGCAAUUCUCCAUAUUUGCAUUUAUUAUAAAAAGAUAAAUGAAAAAUUAUGUUUUAUGUAUAAUCUGAUUAAUAAAAUGUAUUGAUUUUCAU